UAUUUUCCCAGUCUUAAAAGAAACGUGUUGGAAUACGGACGUAUUGAGAGGAAAAACAGCGAUUAUUUUGAGAAAAGUUCGAAAGUCAAUAUAAAAAGAAAAAAAAAAAAAAAAACAGCAACAAGAAAAUAAUAAAUAAAAACAAAUUAAAUACAAGAGUAAAAAAAUUAUAAAAAUUAUUAUCUCGAAAAGAGAGUAUUUUGUAAAAAACAAAACACAAAAACAAAUGAAAUAUUCAAUUCAAAUAAAACAAAAUAGAAACGAAUGAUUAUUAUUUAUUAUUUGAAUAAUAUUGAAAUUCCGCAUCGAUAAUAUAACAACAAUAACAAGAGUAAUAACAGUGACAAAGUUAUUGGGAAUUGCUUAGAGGUGCUGUCGUAGCGAUCGAACAAUAAAUCCCAUAAAACAUUCAGUUUCCCAAAGCGAGAGUUCGAAUACGAACUGCUUGCUCCGGCCUUUUAUUUUCGCUGGAAUUUCUAUUAGAUUAAUUCAAUUGAUAUAUUGAUGGGUCAGAUGUCAACUACGACGAAUACGAAUACGACUGCGACGACGACAACAGCGACAGUGGCAAGUAUUGGUCUAUUUGAUUCGAUCGUGUCCAAGUCAUACCAAUAAUUGAAAUUCAAAUUCGUUCAACGUCUACCCGAGACGCCGGAACAUUGGCAAACGGCAAGGUGGUUGCAGUAUCAAGCCAUAUAAGCCAGAAAUCCCAUUCCAUUUAUCAGUGAAUCAGUGAUAUAAACGAAAAAAAGUAUUUAUUUGAAAAACAAAAAUAAACUGCAGUUCUAAAUCUCCCAAGAGAAAGAGAGAGGAGAGAGUGAAAAGCAUCUCUCCAUCAAAGAACAAAAACAAACUGAAACAUUUCAAUUUGUUUUCGAAGAGAAUUCCAAUUGCCCAUUUCGGCGCUGAGUUGUUGAUAAUUUCGAAUUUUGAUGAAUGUUUUGAGUUGUACGUCCGUCAUUGGACUUGAUAAGAAACAACAGCAGAAGAAAAGGCAAGCAGCAAUCCAGCCCGCAAGUCAGCCAGCCAGCCAGCAAUCUCAAGUAGCCCCUCGGUUCGUUUAACAUUAAAACGCCGUCAUCACUGUUUAGUCGUCCUAGUCGCAGUCGCUCGCAGUAAUCACAGUUUGCCUUUCUCCUUCCCCGAUCUUCAUCUCGUCAACUGAUUGUGGUGUAAAUUUGUGAAAUUGUUUUUGUACAACAAAAAAAAAAUUAAAUUUUCCAUACGGAAAACCCGUGGCAAACAUUCAAACAUAUUUAAGUCAAUGAGGAACAUAUGUAUGUGAGUGUGUCAUGAAAAAUCUGUAAUUCAAUAGAAUCCGGAGUCAUAAACACACAAAUACGGGAAGAGAAAUAAAACCGACCGACCGACCUACCGACCAACACAUCUGUGAUUGUAUUAGUGAAGGAAACCAAAAUCAAAUCGAAAAUCACGAAGAAAAAAUUUCCAAAAGUGGUUAACAUAAAACUACACUUGAAUUAAAAGAGAAUCAAUAAAAAAUAAUAUAUUAUUCAUAAUUGUGAAAAUGUUGUUACAAAAAUAUUAAAAUAAAAAAAAAAACAAACAUAACAAAAAAAAGUGUUUCAACCCGUAAAUACACAUACACAUUUAUAUCAAAGAGCAAAACCUUGAUACGCGCAGUCCUCCAAAAUGGCAUCAUUAGUUUAUGCCGUUUGGAGUAUUACCAAUGUGGCCUCGGUCCAUUGUGCUGCCCGACCCGAAAUCUCGCCCUGUACCUGUGAACCCACCUAUGCCCAUAACUAUGUUGAGUUGUUGUGCGAAAAAGUCGAUUCGUUCCAUACCAUUGUCAAUGCCUUGUCGAGUAAAUUUGAUCCCUAUGUCAAUGUCAGCCUGAAAAUAACGCAUUCGCAUCUAGAGGACUUGGAAAUGUUGUCGUUUAUGGAUAUGAAAAUGAAUUUGAUAAAACUUCGAAUGCAGUGGAAUGAGCUAAAAUCUGUUCCGGAAUUGCCAUUUCGAGGGUUAUCGAAUGUCGAGUAUCUGGGCAUAGGCGACAAUGAACUCGAAGAGGUACCUAAGCAUAUGCUAAAUCAUAUGCCGGUGGUAAAAACUCUCGAUAUUGGACGGUGUCGCAUAAAAUCUGUGCUGCAAGACGAUUUCAAAGGCAUACAAAUGCUAAUGAAUCUCUUCAUGCCGAGUAAUAAUAUAACACGCCUGGAUCGCAACACGUUUCCACCCAAUCUGGUGACACUACAUUUGGGACGUAACCAAAUCGAAAAUCUCAAUGGAACUUUGCGGCACCUGAACAAAUUGGAAUCACUUUUCAUCAAUAUGAAUCGUAUUGCCAGCUUGGAUGACGAACUGCCCGAAUCGAAUCGUCUCAAAUUGAUUAUAGCUCAAAAUAAUCGUAUUGAACGUUUGCCGGAGAGUAUGCGAAAUCUGAAUAAAUUGGAAACGUUGUACAUACAACAGAAUCGCAUACAAAGCCUGGAUCGUGUCCUGAAGAAUGCCCACAAUCUCAAUGAAUUGUAUGCCUCGAAUAAUCGCAUUGAACUGUUGGCCAGUGAUGAGUUUCAGUAUGCCACUAAAUUGGAAGAGCUAUAUCUGUGCAGCAAUCGAAUACAAUCGUUAAACGGUUCUCUGUUGCCAUUGAAAAAGUUGUACAAGGCGAACUUUUCAUUCAAUGCCAUCGAAGAGUUUUCCAUGGAUGAAAUACGUGGCCUGCUGACCCUUAAGCAAUUGGAUCUAUCGAAUAAUCUCAUAAGGAAAUUGUCCGGAAGUCAAGGCAAUAACAUUGACAAGAGUUCAUAUCUAAUUGAUUUAUAUCUGGAUCACAAUGAGUUGACAUCUCUGGAUGGUGCGUUAAUGGGCUUAAACAGUUUGAGGAUUCUAGGCUUGACUCACAACCGUUUGGAGCGUAUAUUACCGGAGGAUUUUAUUGGUCUGGAAAAGUUGGAAAUAUUGGAAUUGUCCCAUAAUCGCUUGUUAACACUGAGGGAAAUGCAAACGACAGUACUGCCAAGCUUGAAAAUUCUCAAAGUGGACUUCAACAAUUUGACUGUGCUCGAUAAGGACUUCCAUGGUCUACCGGUAUUGUGUCAAGCCAAUUUGACACACAACCAAAUUGUUUCGAUUUCUCGGGAAUUGGUGGCAAAGACCAGUUGCGUCAAUCACAAUGUACCAGGCCGUUUGGAAUUGUAUCUUGAAGACAAUCCAUUUAGCUGCAACAUGUUGUUGGAUGAAUAUUGUCCUCUGAUGAAAAACACGGAGAAACAAAUAAGAUUACGCACCAAAUGCUUUGAAACCUACGAAGAAAUGUGUCAGAGCCGUCAAUAUAUUUUGAUGUUGCCAAGUGUGAAUCUGAGCCAACAACAAGUUAUACCAGUUAUAGUACCGUCAACUGAACUCUUGAAGAAAGCAGAUAAUUUACUGCCACCACUAUUUGCACCAUUGGCAGGUGGUGGAGCCAACAUAAAGCCCUUGAUUAUAACACCAACAAUCAAAAUUGUGGAAGCGCCGGUCAUAACAAUACCGUUGACGACGACAAGCACUACCACCUCGACGACAACAACAUCAACGACGACUCCGGCUCCAAUAACCACAACUCAUGCUAUUGAUGCAACUAAUAACCCCAUCAUAAACACCCCAUUGUCUGACUCAACAACCGCAACACCUGUUAAAGAAGAACAGCUACUAAAUGAGACCAACGAUAAUGAAACCCUAAAACAAUCCAUGGAAAUCACAAAUGGAAAAGCAAUGCUGAACAACGAUGACGACAAAAUUGAAACAGCAACCAUUCAUAUGCCAGCACUUAAUGCCACCUUGGAAGGUGAUGUGGUUACUCCGGAAAUACAACAAGAAUCUGUGGUCACACAAAAGCCAGCCAUUUUAGUUGUGAAUAUUGACAAUGCAGCAACAUCGGACACGAUUCCCUCUAAUCCCGUUGUGGAAUCGAAAUAUUCAACUGUUGAAUAUAUAGCAAAUCUGGAAAAAGUUGUUGCUCCCAUCGAGGCGGAGCCACCGCAACAGCCGCCGCCGGAUGUGCUCAUUGAAGAGGACUCAAAAUCCAAUGCGAUACACGAAGAGUAUCAUAACAAUGUCAUGACCGAUUACGGAAGUGCACCACAAAAUUUAUUACAGCCGGAUGAGCCGCCUGAAAAUCCUUAAGAAUAUAUUGAUUGAUAAAUUAAUUAAUUGAUAUUAUUAAUAAUUCAUCAUGUUUAUUACAAUAAUACAACACAUACUAUAAUUAACAAUAACAACAACAACAAAAAGUAAUAAUUUAAGUUUUAAUAAUAUUUGCAUAACUUUAUGUCUUUGUCGAGAGUAUGUACGUACGUAUAGGUGAUCCAGAACCCCUUCUAUUUCCAUUCUAUUGAGCAUUCCUCCGCAGAUCGCGAUGGUGAUAUCAUGUGAUUACAACGAAGACGAGGAAGUAAAAAAAAUAUUUUCACCCGAAACAAAAAAGGAAAAUCCACAUCCUUCUAGUAUAUAACAAAACAAACACACACACACACACACCUACUGACACACUAACUACCUUUGAACUACAAGCAGAAUAUAUUGUUUAGUCAUUAUUUUUCAUCGACAGCAAAGAAAGCUCUUAAGUUUUAUGUGUUUUUUAUUAUUUCUUUGUUUUGUUUUUAAGUUUAGUUUAUAUUUUUUACAUAAAAAUUUGUUCUAUAUACGAAAACAUACACACAUCAUAUAACACAAUAGAGUACUAUUAUAUACUUCAUACAUAUGUAGCUGGUAAGAAAGGAUAAUGAGUAUGAAAACCCAAAACUAAAGCGAUGACACACAUACAUACAACAUACCCAUUGUAUAUAGAAUAGUAAUGAUUAAUUAAAUUAAACUUAGCUAUGAAAUGUUGAA